CGGCCUAUAGCAGGGAGCUACUUUGUGAGUGUGCGUGUGUGUUUUUUCUAAUUGUGAUUUUUGGGGCUAAUACAAUGUGUGCGCCAACGAUGCACACAGAAGCAAACCUCGUUUUUCAUUUAUAAUCUGCACCGACUGCAAAGGCAACGCGUCGUUAAAGAGUUUUUACAGUAGCUAAGUUUAUUUUGAAAAUGCAUGCAUUCAUAAGAAUCCGGUGCGCUAGUACUGUCUGAAUCAAUUGCAUCUCGGUACAUACAUUAGUGUAAACAUUAAAACGAAAGGAAGGGCGGUUCUUAUUUUUAUUUUUUCGCUGUAUCUUUACCAGCCUGACGCAGGGAUUCCGAGUCUCUCUCUCCGGAUCGUUUGUAUUGUUUUUAUUGGGUUGUCGGUUGUUUUCUCGCAGGAGUUGUUCCACUCCUCUCUGGAUUGAUCCCGGCUUGUACCAGCUUCACUGAACAAAGUAACUUCUACAGGCUCAUCUCCCGGUUCCUGCCGGGUCUGCUUCCGGCGCAGCGCGAUGUGGUCCCCAAAGCGGUGGCGCGACCAAGAGUACGCCCCCUCUGAGGCUCUGUCCGACAGCGAUUCGGAAGAGGAAGAUUUUCCCGACGAGAGCUCCAAGUCUCUGGGAGACUACAUUACACAAGGCUUGAAGCAGCUCCUGAAUGCCCAGCAGCUGUGUGAUGUCACUCUGGCGGUGGAAGGGAAGAAGUUCAUGUGUCACAGGGUGCUCCUGGCCUCAGUCAGCCCGUAUUUUCGUGCUAUGUUCACCAGCCCGCUUGCAGAGUCCCGUCUGGCUGAGAUCCGUCUGGAGGAAGUGACCCCGGAAGUGGUUCAGACCGUCGUUCACUUCAUCUACACCGGGGAGGCGGGGCUGAACCCUGACACCGCCGAGGACCUGUUUGUUGCGGCCAAUCGGCUGCAAGUUCUUCCUCUGCAGGACUUGUGCGCCAGGUUCCUCUUCGAGCAUCUCUCCCUGGAUAACUGCCUGGGCAUGUACUCCCUGGCCCGCUCUCACCACGAUCCUCUUUUGCUUCGUGCCUCCCUGCGUCUUGUUGCCCACAACUUCCCUCGCGUGUCACGGCAGAAAGACUUCCUGCUACUGGACCCGGGCACCCUGGGCAGUCUGCUCUCCUCCGACCGGUUGGGAGUGGAGUCUGAGCUGGAGGUGUACCGGGCAGCCCGGCGCUGGGCCCAGCACCAACCCAGGCAGCGUAACCAGCAUCUCCCUGCCUUGCUGAGCCACCUGCGCCCAGGGCUGCUGGCCGAGGAGGAGCUGAGGAAGGUGCGGGAGGAGCUGGGGUGGGGAGGAGGCAGUGUCGCCCCCCCCAGGCCCAGGGAGGGCAUGUUCGAGAAGAAGAUCGUCUGCAUCGAUCUCAAGCCCCGGGGGGACCACGAGCUGUCGGGCCCGGGCUUCGCAGUGGACUGUUUCGACCCGCGGACUGGCCGUUGGGAGAAGCUGGCAGACCUCAAGUCCGUGACGGGGCCUGGCUGCGCGGCGGUGGGCGAUCGGCUCUUCGUGGCCGGGGGGGUGCAGGGCAGCGGCGUGGUCUCAGACACUCUGCACGAAUAUGACCCUGUGGCGGACCGCUGGACCGAGCGGCCCCCCAUGGCUGUGCCCAGGGUGAUGCAUGGCUUCUUGGGCACUUGCGGGAAGCUCUACGCCCUGGGGGGCUGCAACCGGGCCUCCUUCCUGGACUCUGUGGAGGUGUAUGACCUGCAGGCCAACGCCUGGGCCCCUUCCCCGCCCCCCGGCUCCAGGAUGCCCCUCCCUCUGCGCUCCUUUGCCGCGGCUUCUCUGCGGGGGAAGCUGUACCUGCUGGGCGGCACCACGGUGGAGGAGAGCCGGGCCGCCGUGCACCACGGGGUUCUCAUCUACAACACGGCGCUGGACCACUGGGCCCGGGUGCACCUGGAGACAGGGGCCACCUUCUGCGCAGGUGGGGUGGCAGUGAGGGGCGGGGUCUGCGCCGUGGGGGGUUACUGCCGGGAUGCCAGCAAGUUCACAGACGGCAACUACACCCGUCUGGAGCCAAUGGACGCGACCGGCCGCGUGCUGUUCUUCCGCGAGGGCCGGGGCUCGAGUCGAGAGGUGGUGGGGGUGGGGCAGGGUGCUGGGGCUGGGCCUGUGGUGUUCCCAGGGCUGCCUCGCCGCAUCGCUGCAGGGGGGGUGGCUCGCUGGAAGAGGCGCAUCUACAUGCUGGGCGGAGAGAACGGCGCUCGGUUCUACGACAGCGUGUACUGCUGGAAGCCAGGCUGGAGGAGCUGGGUGCAGAGGAGGGAGAAGCUGCCACUAGAGACUGGGGGGGUUAGCCAGUUCGGCUGCACCACACUGAAGUUCCCCAAGAAACACAUCCUGUCCCGUCUGAGGGCCUUUGAGGAAGAGGGGGACAGCGACUGAGAGGCAGAGAGGGACAGGGGGACUGAGACAGGGAGGGAACUGGACUAGGUGGGGGACUGAGAAAGACCCGUCUGUGUGACUUUCAGCACCCCAAGCUCUCAGCAUUCGGACUAGGGAUCCCCUCCACCCCACAGGGUCGACAGGAACUCUAUAAGAGAGGAGUUUCACCCCUUAAAGUGAGUUUUAAACUCGCAGCGUGUGGACUUUGAUUAAAA